GCUAUCUUUGCCUCCCCAGCUUUACUCUACAAGCAUGUCCUCAGACUUGCAGCCGUGUGAUGAAGCGAACCAACUGACUUCCAGAGAGCACCGGAUGAAGGAAACCCGCUGCACGAGUAGCAGAAAAGCCUGAGAGCAGGGGCACCCCAAGCUGACCCCAUCCGGAGACUUCUUCCUGGGCUGAACACAAUGGAGACUGUUUGACAGUGGAAGUGGAGGUUUACUGUACAGUAGCUCAGCUGGAGUUCCUCGCCCCUUCAUGACAUGCAGUGAGCCGAUGCCACCAGCAGGGAGCAGCCGAGAAGAUGUGUUGUCUGAAGACGGUCAACUCCAGCCCCCGGUGUCUGAGCCGGUACGUCGGAAUAAACAAGCUGCUGCAGACAUAUUCACCCAUGGAGAAAAACACCAAAACACAUGUGUACGGUGCAAAGGCGAUUCAACGCCUGAACUCCAACUGAAUAGAAGAACAUCCCCAAGACCAGAUGCAAUGGAGAUGUUCAAUUUCACCAACUUCACCUACUGGAAUGCCUCAGAAGGCAAUGACGCAGGGCCUGUCACUGAACCCGAAAGCCCAUACAAGACUGUGGAGGUGGUGUUCAUCGUAUUGGUGGCUGGGUCCCUCAGCCUGGUCACCGUUAUUGGAAAUAUCCUGGUCAUGCUUUCCAUUAAGGUCAAUAGGAACCUACAGACUGUCAACAACUACUUUUUAUUCAGCCUUGCGUGUGCUGACCUAAUCAUCGGGCUGUGUUCCAUGAACUUGUAUACAGUAUACAUAGUGAUUGGCUACUGGCCCUUGGGGCCUGUGGUGUGUGAUCUGUGGCUAGCCUUGGACUAUGUAGUGAGUAACGCAUCUGUCAUGAACCUACUCAUCAUCAGUUUUGACAGAUACUUCUGUGUCACAAAGCCCCUCAGCUACCCUGUCAAAAGGACCACCAAGAUGGCAGGGAUGAUGAUUGCUGCUGCCUGGGUCCUGUCCUUCAUUCUGUGGGCCCCGGCCAUCCUUUUCUGGCAGUUCAUCGUGGGCGGGCGGACAGUGCCUGAGAGGGAGUGUUACAUUCAGUUCUUCUCUAAUGCAGCAGUCACCUUCGGAACGGCCAUCGCAGCCUUCUACCUGCCCGUUAUCAUCAUGGUCAUUCUCUACAUACAGAUCUCUAUAGCCAGUAAAAGCCGGGUGAAGAAAGAGACCAGGAAGCCGUCAGGGCCCAACCCAGAGGCCGUGUCCCACGAGCAGGCAGGGGCCAGUAAUACUGCCAAGCCCAUCAACAACAACCUGACAGCAGAGGACACAGAGCAGGGCAGGACCGAAGCCAUAGAUGACGUGGCCAACCAGCACGAAGGUAAACUGCAGAACGGCAAGGGCCCGUCCACCACGGGUGGAGAGGGGGAGAUGGAGGGUGAAGAUGGGGGAAGGGAGAACUGUGCCCACGGAGAGGAGAAAGAGAGCUCCAACGACUCGACAUCUGGCAGUGCAGCGGCAUCCAACCACAAAGAAGAAGAAGCGGUGCCAUCCAGAGCAAACUGCAACACCGAGCUCGUUCAGCAACCAACCCGCCACCGGGCCAAGGCAGGCGGCUCCAAACUCACCUGCAUCAAGAUUAAGACCAGUUCUCUCAAGGGGGACUGCUACACGCCCUCCAACGCCACGGUGGAGAUCGUCGCCGCCACGGAGAAGCAGAACCACGUGGCGCGGAAAAUCGUGAAGAUGACCAAGCAGCCGCCCAAGAAGAAGAAAGCACCACCGUCUCGGGAGAAGAAGGUGACCCGUACCAUCAUGGCCAUCCUGGUGGCCUUUGUGGCCACCUGGACACCUUACAAUGUCAUGGUACUCAUCAACACCUUCUGCUCCAGCUGCAUCCCCAGCACAGUCUGGACUAUCGGCUACUGGCUGUGCUACAUCAACAGCACCAUCAACCCCGCCUGCUAUGCCCUCUGCAAUGUCACUUUCAAAAAGACAUUCAAACAUCUCCUCCUCUGUCAAUACAAAAACAUUAGGUCAGCUAGAUGAAUAUAGAUGCGAGUUUGCGUGUGUGUGCGUGUGUGUGCGUGUGUGUGCGUGUGUGUGUGAGAGAGAGAGAGAGAGAGAGAGAGAGAGAGAGAGAGAGAGAGAGAGAGAGAGAGAGAGAGAGAGAGAGAGAGAGAGAGAGAGAGAGAGAGAGAGAGAGAGAGAGAGAGAGAGACGUGUUUAUGAUGUGGUCCCUUUCCUUUGUUUUUACUCUACAAGAGAACUUGUAUCCUGCAGCCAUGUUGGGUUUGGCUCUGAUGAAUGAGAUUUGUGAUGCAACUGUUGAGACAUAAGACUUACAAAGAAGCGCAUAGCCAGGAGAACAAAUAGACCGAACUUGAAAAGGACAGUUGGAUAGAGAGCUCUUCACUGCACAAGACAAAAUUCUAAGGGAAAAUAGGGCUGACUGAAUUCACAAACUUCCCGUUUGAAAUUCAGUGUAAAAAAAGAAACCUGUAUAUAUCAAUGUAUACGCAAAAUCUAAAUGUGUGUGUGUGUAUGUAUGUGUGUGUGUGUGUGUGUGUGUGUGUGUGUGUGUGUGUGUGUGUGUGUGUGUGUGUGUGUGUGUGUGUGUGUGUGUGUGUGUGUGUGUGUGUGUGUGUGUGUGUGUGUGUGUGUGUGUGUGUGUGUGUGUGUGUGUGUGUGUGUGUGUGUGUGUGUGUGUGCAUCAGUCUGAGCGUGACAGAAUGAUCCAUCACACAGUUUCAGAUGUCCGCCAGUAGAGACAGCACAAGGACAUACAGAACAUACUACAAACUGUUAUCUGUAUGCCGGUGGCACUCUGUGUUGGCGGCACACAAAGCAGAGCAGCUUGUCUAAACUGCCUCUCUGACAUGUUCAUAUACGACUGAGUAACAUGGCAGGGAGCCUUCCUAUCUCCAGGGAUGGACCAUAAGUGGCCCCUGAAGGGCAUAGCAGGACAGAGACCAGGCCUGGCCAGGGUCACCUCUCAUCACAACGCAGGACUGAGGUUAGGAAACUUGUUUGAAAAAGUAGAUUCUUCCCACCAAAGAAAAGGGUGGAAAAUGGUCAUGAGUAAACAAAUAAAUAGAUAAUGUAAAAAUACAUCCAAAAAGGCAUUGUUCAAUUACAUUAUUUAGCUUGCUAUUCGUUUUCCACAUCAUUUUAGACGAUCAGCGAUUUGAUCUCUAACAAUUCAUUACAUGAUGAAUUUGAUGUUUAUUUGAUUGUAUAUUAAGAUGUUUGUUUUGUCAGAUAGUCUACACUCUUAGAAAACAAGGUGCUAACUAGAACCAAAAAGGGUUAUUUGGCUGUCACCGUAGGAGAACCCUGUGAGAACCCCUUUUGGUUCCAGGUAGAACCCUUUUGGAUCCAGUAGAAUCCUUUUGCGUUCCAUGUAGAACCCUUUCCACCCAGAGUUCAACAUGGACAACAAAAAGGGUUCUCCUAUGGGGACAGCUUCAGAACCCUUAAUGAGCCUGUUUUCUAAAAGUGUGUUGAUGCUUGGAGCUUGUAAAUACAUCCAGAGGGUGGCAGUUGGCAGGGGCUUGGAGCCAACGCCUAUUCAAUUAUACAGGAAGGGAUCUUGUGCUUUUCCAGGGGUGAGUUGGAUAUUCCUCUGAGAUUGGAUAAUUUAAUCCCGCUGUAUUGCAGAUGUUACCGCCUGUGACAAGAGCCUGUUGUAUGUCAGUCCUGACUGAUAAUGAAGAGAAAGAUUGAAGAGGAUUAUAUUUUGUCUUGCUGUCAUCAGAGGUGGUUUGUAUUCGUUAGGUAGGGGUUACCAAGGUUGUAGAGUGAUUGAUAGAGUGUCAUACUGUGGAGAUUUUAGAGGUUAUUUCAGUGCAUGUUUCUGUUGUUACCCCAGAAUGGGGUUAAAUACCAAUAAUCACAGGCCAUGGCCUUGUGAAUUAUAAGGGCUACUCGAUGUUAGAUGUACUAAUUCAUCUACAUCUGUGUGUGUGUGUGUGUGUGUGUGUGUGUGUGUGUGUGUGUGUGUGUGUGUGUGUGUGUGUGUGUGUGUGUGUGUGUGUGUGUGCGUGCGUGCGUGCGUGCGUGCGUGCGUGCGUGCGUGCGUGCGUGCGUGCGUGCGUGUGUGUGUGUGCGUGUGUGUGUAUAUAUUUGUGUGUUUCAUCACAUGAAUAUAGAUGAAGUCAUAUGUACUGUUUAUAUAUGUGUUUUUGAGAUCACAGUCUAAUGAUGUUAGAAAUAAUACGACACUAGAAUUCCCAUGUUUUUGUGUCAUACUGUUUGUGUCCAUAUAUGUCGUCCACACCGUAUGCUGAUCUUCAACACAGUCCAUUUAUCUCUGACAUGCUAAUGUAUUCCAAUUUAAAUAAUGAAUAUAAAGCAGCCAUGGGAUGGUCGCCACGUUGGUUGCUAGGGGGGCUUAACAGAAAAUGACACCCGCAUUGAGCAGCCCCUUAAGGCAGUCUCCUUAAAGAGAGAUACGGGACAGGCCUUUAAUGGAAACUCACCAUGAGCCUGAUCAGAUUAUAAAAUGAUGUGGAACACCUACUGGAGAUUAAAGAUGGGCUAUUACGUGCUCGGUUUACACAGCCCCUCCCGUCCCACUUAGUGUCCCACUUGCUCCUGAUCCCGUUAUGUGUGACUGUGACGUCCACUAUAUCAGGGCAUUGUUUAAAGGCCCGUGAAACAUAAGGAACAUCAUAUUUGCAUUUUCUAUCUAUCUAUCUAUCUAUCUAUCUAUCUCUAUCUCUCUCUCUCUCUCUCUCUCUCUCUCUCUCUCUCUCUCUCUCUCUCUCUCUCCUCUCUCUCUCUCUCUAUCUCUAUCUCUAUCUCUAUCUCUCUCUCUCUCUAUCUCUCUCUCUCUCUCUCUUUCUCUCUCUCUGAUAUUGUCCCCCAGUGUCUCCUCCCCCUUAAUGACAUUUUUAUGACUAACAUCGCCCCCAAUAUUGGAAAGAUAAAAGACAAAGCAACCUACUGCAAAUUCACUAGAGGCGUCAAAAUAACACAACAUUUAGGUCAUGAGUAAUUAUUAAUAAAUUCUGCUUUUAAUGGAAAUAGUGAUGGCAAAGGAAGUGGAAGAGGAUGAAGAUCAUCUGAAUCCUUGCAAUCUUCCUAAUUUAAAUGCAGAUUGUCCUCUGGAAGCCUGGCACGUAUAAUUCAGUCAAUCUGUUCGACUGCACGAGCCCAGCAGUGUGUGAGAGGCACCCAUCCAAGUUCACAAUCCAGCCACCCGUCAGGUUGAUAAGUGGACCCAUGUCUGGGUGUCAUCUGUCACACGUCUCAGUGGUUGGUGUUGCUAAGAGCCUCCUAGCUUCCCAGAACGGAACGUCUGAUUCAGCUCAGUUUAAGCUGUUGUUUGAGUGAUACCAGCAGGAAAGUAAGUGCUCUACAACACUGGUCUGGGUCUUUUUAGAGAACAGUUAUCCGGGUGUUUGACGGAAAGUGACAGCCAUUUAUCACCAAUGGAGGGACAGGGUUCACCGCCCCCAGACAAGAUGGCUGUCACUCACUGUGUCUCAGCGGAAUGCUCUUUCAGCUGCUUUCAGACACAGUGGAAAGCUCACACCCCUUUAGCACUCCUCACCUGUCAACAGCAUAUCGUUUGACUAACAGGACAAAAGAAACCCUGCACUGUCCACUUUGUACGGUCUGAUAAGUCCGCCACAGGCUCUCACAUCUUAGGUACCAUGUUUGGAUACUGUCAGCCAUUUCAGACAGGGUCAACCUAAGGUUUCCACAAAAUAAAUUACCCGUCCUUCAGGAAUCCCACGCUACUGUAUAGUCUAGAGAAUGAUGGAAACAAGGUGAUGGAGUACAGUAACUCUCAGAUGGAUUUUGGCUAGACUUUUUAUUACCGUACUGUAAAAACAGGACAUGCUCUCUUUUCAUGUGGGGGAGGGGGGGUGUAUUUCUCAUUGAGUGGAUUCACUUGUCAACGUAUGAAGAGCCUCAUUCCACUGUUAUAUUUCCCCUUCAUCACAUAAACAUUGUCUCCAUGGUGUCAACAGAUCAUCAUGUGCCGUCUGAGCUAGCUGGGCUCCUCUUCACACGGCUUGUUUCAAAGGGCUAAACCUUUUUAGGGAGAUGUAUUUCUCCCUAAAUGUAUGAUUGUGGUUGAUUAGAUUUUUGGGGAUUUUGGGGUUUACACAGCCCCUCCCAUCCCACAUAGUGUCCCACUUGCUCCUGAUCCCGUUAUGUGUGACUGUGACGUCCACUAUAUCAGGGCAUUGUUUAAAGGCCCGUGAAACAUAAGGAACAUCAUAUUUGCAUUUUCUAUCUAUCUAUCUAUCUAAAGUUAGUUAGUUAGAAUUGUGAUGUUUUGAUAGUGUACUUGACAAGUGUGUGAAAGAGUAUUUAUUUAGAUUGUUACUGUGUUGUUUGGGGCUGUUGUUGAGCAGAGGGUUAGUACCCAUUGAGAUGGGAGCAUCCUGAGUCUCUGUUUCCAGUUGAGAUAUUUGGGCUGCUUCUGCCUCUUAUAGCCAUGUUUCCAAGGCGAUGUGGUAUGUGAAGUGUAUCUGAACAGACAAAUAUAUCGCCACAUUGUAUACUGAGCAAUUUGAAGUGCCUUAUUACUUAUUACCCAUUCUUAUAAUUGCUCAUUGAUGUUUAAAUUGAUGUUUUAUAUUUUCAGUAGAUUACAUUUUUGUUAGCUGGUGGUGCAAUUUAAGGUGACAGUCAUAGAUGUAGAAAAGCACAAGAUCUUCUAAAGUCUAAAAUGUUUAUUUUCUCCUUCAUUGUGGUCGUAGAAGGCAUAGGUUUAGUAGAAGGGGGAAAACAUGUAAUUUAAUCUAUUUCAUCACUGGAGGUUUGGAGGGUAUUUUAACACGUGUGUGUGUGUGUGUGUGUGUGUGUGUGUGUGUGUGUGUGUGUGUGUGUGUGUGUGUGUGUGUGUGUGUGUGUGUGUGUGUGUGUGUGUGUGUGUGUGUGUGUGUGUGUGUGUGUGUGUGUGUGUGUGUGUGUGUGUGUGUGUGUGUGUGUGUGUGUGUGUGUGUGUGCAGGGGUGUUAUAUACCACAAAAAUCUAUGUGAAGGUGGCUGGGGUUGGUCCUGAGGGGGGAUAAUUUUGCAUUUUUCAAACACCUGAAACAGCUUUUUUUCUGCAAUCUAGACCCAUAAUCAUUAUGUUUAAUUAUAUGUCCAAAUGUGUCUAUUUUUCUGCAUAUCUAAACAUACCUCUUGAUCUGUCUGUAUCCUCCUGAAAGGUGGUUAUUUUUUAAAAUAAACUAAAUAUACUUCUCUGCAUCUCUGCUAAAAAUCUGGAUAAAAGA